GAGAAACUUUUUUUUUUUUUUUUUAAUAUAGAUAUAUAUUAAUAUCUGUAUUAUAAAUUGCUUUAUUUUUUAUUUCCGAAAAGGGUCCAUUAAAUUUCCACUAUAGGAUUUUAAAUUAAGCAAAUCUUCAAAGGUCUACAGCUUAAGGUUGUUCCUCCCCCUCGCCCAGAAACUAAACACAGCAGAAGAUUGUUUUUUCACAUCCCUAUUCAAUCGGCUGCCCUGCGAACGGCACAGAUUAACAGACAACCAUGGGUCUUCAAGGCCACAUCCUAGCUUGCCUGGCCGUAUGCAUGCUGCUGCAGUGCGCCCAUGCUGGGCUCAUCAAGAAGGUCAUCCGUCACAGGAGGGAGGUCCUGGUCACCCCAACAGAGGAGAACCUCACCCUGCCUUCCCCAGACAAACCUGUGGUAUUCAACCACGUCUACAACAUCAAUGUCCCUUCAAGCUCCUUGUGCUCCGUCGACCUGGACUCUCCCGGUGAACCAGAGGUCAAGCCCCAAGCCCCCUCUGAUGGUCAGUCUGUUGAACACACGCUGGAUGGGGAGAACCAGAUCGUCUUCACCCACCGGAUCAACAUCCCCCGGCAGGCCUGCGGCUGUGCCAACGCCCCCGAUCUCAAGGACCUCCUGAGCAGGCUGGAGCUCCUGGAGGGGCAGGUCUCUUCUCUAAAGGAACAGUGUGGCAGCGGGGCUGGGUGCUGUCAGUCCCAAGCUCAAGGUGCUAUAGAGACAAAACCUUACUGCAAUGGCCAUGGUAACUACAGCACAGAGACAUGCAGCUGCGUGUGCGAGCCAGGCUGGACCGGUGCCAACUGCACGAAGGCCGAGUGUCCAAACGACUGCCAGGACCAGGGCCGCUGUGUGGAUGGCGUGUGUGUCUGCUUCGUGGGCUUCAUGGGUGAAGACUGUGGGGUAGAGACGUGCCCGGUGGACUGCAGUGAGAACGGGCAGUGCAUCAACGGGAUAUGCGUGUGCGCCGAGGGCUUCAGCGGAGAAGACUGCUCCCAGACCAACUGCCCCAACAACUGCAUGGGCCGCGGCCGUUGCGUGGACGGCGAGUGCGUGUGCGAUGAAGGCUUUACUGGCGACGACUGCUCUGAGCUCAUCUGCCCCAACGACUGCUACGACAGAGGCCGCUGCGUCAAUGGCGUUUGCUUCUGCGAGGAAGGAUUCACCGGAGAGGACUGUGGUGAAGUGACCUGCCCUGGAAACUGUAACAACCGCGGCUACUGCGAGGACGGGCACUGCGUUUGCAGUGCUGGAUACACUGGCAAGGACUGCAGCGAGCUGACUUGCCCCAACAACUGCAAGGAGAGAGGUCGCUGCGUGAACGGCAUGUGCAUCUGCGACCCUGGCUUCGUCGGCGAGGACUGUAGCGAGCUGGCCUGCCCGGACAACUGCAACAACAGGGGCCAAUGCGUCAACGGGCAAUGUGUCUGCGAUCAGGGCUUCAUGGGAGAAGACUGCUCCGAGCUUUCCUGCCCCAACAACUGCCAAAACAGAGGAAGGUGCGUCAACGGGCAGUGCGUCUGCGAGGAAGGUUUCACCGGAGAAGACUGCAGCGUAAAGACCUGCCUCAACGACUGCUUCGGAAGGGGCGAGUGCAUUGACGGGAAAUGUGUCUGUUUCGCUGGCUUCACGGGAGAAGACUGCAGCAAGCUGACCUGCCCCAACGACUGCCUAGGCCGCGGCCAAUGCGUGGACGGACAGUGCGUUUGCGAUGAAGGCUUCACCGGCGAUGACUGCAGCCAGAAGACCUGCCUUAACGACUGCUUCGGAAGGGGGCGCUGUGUGGAUGGGCUGUGCGUCUGUGACGAGGGCUUCGUGGGAGAGGACUGCAGUGAGCUCUCUUGCCCCAAUAACUGCAACGACAGGGGUCGUUGCAUGGACGGGCAAUGCGUCUGCGAUGACGGUUUCAUGGGCGAAGACUGCGGAGAGCUCUCGUGCUUGAAUAACUGCAACGACAGGGGUCGUUGCGUGGACGGGCAAUGCGUCUGCGAUGACGGUUUCAUGGGCGAAGACUGCGGAGAGCUCUCCUGCCCCAAUAACUGCAAGGACAGGGGUCGUUGUGUGGACGGACAAUGCGUCUGCGAUGACGGUUUCAUGGGCGAAGACUGCGGAGAGCUCUCCUGCCCCAAUAACUGCAACGACAGGGGUCGUUGCGUGGACGGGCAAUGCAUCUGCGAUGAUGGUUUCAUGGGCGAAGACUGCGGAGAGCUCUCGUGCUUGAAUAACUGCAACGACAGGGGCCUCUGCGUGAACGGGCAGUGCGUCUGUGACCUGGGCUUCAUGGGAGAGGACUGCAGUGAGCUGGCAUGCCCUAAUAGCUGCAAGGACAGAGGUAGCUGUGUUGACGGGCAGUGCAUCUGUGAAAAGGGAUUUAUCGGGGCAGACUGCAGCGACGUUUCCCCCCCGAAGGACCUGACAGUGACCGAGGUGACCCCUGAGUCGGUCAACCUGACCUGGAACAAUGAGAAGAUUGUGACGGAGUACCUGAUCACCUACGUGCCCACGGCGCCCGGCGGUCUGGAGCUGGAAUUCCGCGUGCCUGGGGACCAGCACGCAGCCACCAUCCCUGAGCUGGAGCCAGGCGUAGAGUACCUGGUGCAGGUCUACGCCAUCCUGAAGAACCAGAAGAGCAUCCCUGUCAGCGCCCGCGUUGCCACGCAUAUGCCCGAGCCCGAAGGCCUGAGGUUCAAGUCUGUCCGGGAGACCUCAGUGGAGGUGAUGUGGGACCCCCUGGACAUCUCCUUUGACGGCUGGAAACUCAUUUUCAGAAACACGAAAGAAGACAAUGGUGAAAUUAUCAGCAGCCUGGCUCGCCCCGAGUCGUCCUUCGUACAGUCGGGUUUGGGGCCCGGUCAGGAAUAUGAGGUUUCACUGUAUGCCGUGAAGAACAAGACCCAAGGACCUGCAGCCACUAAGAACGUCAUCACGAGGAUUGACUCCCCAAGCCAAGUGGAAGUGAAGGAUGUGACGGACUCGACCGCCUUCAUUACCUGGGUCAAGCCCGUCGCUGAGGUGGAUGGAACCAGCUUGACCUACAUGCCCAGCGGUCAGCCGACAGACAGGACCACAGUGGAGCUCUCUGGCACGGACAGCCAGUACAACGUGGACGGCCUGAAGCCGAACACGGAGUACGAGGUCUCGCUGGUGUCUAAGAGGGGGGGCAUGAGGAGCGACCCCAUCUCAGAGUCCUUCACUACAGAGCUGGACGCUCCCAAGAACCUGCAGCGCAUCUCCCAGACUGAGAACAGCAUCACUCUGGAGUGGAGGAACAGCAAGGCGGCAGUGGACAGCUACCGCAUUAAAUACGCAUCUCUGUCCGGGGGAGACCACGCAGAAAUCACUGUGCCACGAGGCAGGCAGGCCACCACCAAGGCCACGAUCACUGAUCUGAAGCCAGGCACAGAGUAUGGGCUCGGGGUCACCGCUGUGAAACAGGAUAAGGAAAGCCUGCCGGCCACCAUCAACGCAGCAACAGACCUGGACGCUCCAAGAGACCUCGAGGCGGUCGAAUCUAUGGAGAGCUCCGUCUCUCUGCGCUGGAAGAGGCCACUGGCCAAGAUCGAAGUCUACAUUCUGACCUACACGUCCGCGGAUGGCAGGAGGGAGGAGGUGCAGGUCCCUGCCGACGCCACCACUUACAUCCUGAGGGGGCUGGAUCCCGGUGUGCAGUACUCAAUCACCCUGAUUGCACAGAGAGGCAGACAGAGGAGCCAGCCAGCCGACGUUACUGUUUCAACGGAGGAGGAGCCUGAGCUGGGCACCUUAGAAGUCUCAGACGUCAGCUGGGAUGGCUUCAGUGUCUCUUGGAAAGCCGCUGACGGAGACUUUGAAAACUUUAUUGUUGAAGUUACAGAUUCUGAUAGGUCGUCCGAGCCGCAGAGUCACACAGUGGCUGGUGAUCUCCGGAGGCUGAAUGUCACCGGGCUGAAGCCCGAUACCUCUUACCAGGUCACCGUCUCUGGAGUGAUCCGCGGCACACACACAAAACCUCUUUUUACAGAAGUCAGCACAGUGCCAGAGCCUGAAGUUGGCAAUCUGUUUGUAUCAAACAUUACCUCAGACAGCUUCAGUCUCUCCUGGACAGCCACCAGAGGGUCUUUCGAUGGCUUUGCACUUGAGAUUAUAGAUUCGAACAGGCUGCUGGAGCCAAUGGAAUACAGCAUAGCCAGAGAUGUGUUGGCAACCCAUGUCUCAGGGCUGAGUCCCCACACUGAUUAUAUAGCCUACCUGUACGGGCUUAGGCACGGCGUUCGAACACAGGCUCUCAGUGCUGUCGCUUCCACAGUGCCAGAACCUGACCUGAACAAGCUAGUUGUUUUCAACGUUACCUCAGACAGCCUGUCUCUGUCUUGGAACGCCCGCGACCAGGCGAACGAUCACUUUGUAGUCGAGGUUAUAGAGGCGGAGCCGGGCUCGGGCAAAAUAGAGCGCACGGUCUCCGGGGACCAGCGGAGAAUCGUGAUCCCCCGGCUCAAAGGAGCCACUCGGUACGAGAUCACAUUGUAUGGCAGCUCCGGUACUCAGCACACCUCUCCUUUAACCACUGUAGCUAUUACAGACGCAGAACCUCAGCUGGGUUCCAUUACUGUAUCAGAUAGAACCCAUGACAGCUUGGCCCUCACAUGGACCGCAGCGGCAGGCCCCUUUGAGAGCUUUGUAAUAGAAGUCAGUGAUUCUGAGCAGCUCCACGCCCCCUUGGAGCUCACAGUGGGUGGAGCCUCACGCAAUGGCACUAUCACGGGCCUGGUGGACGGCACCCGUUAUAACAUAACCGUGCACGGCGUGUCUCAAGGGCGCCGCACUCAGCCUCUGUCUGCCUUCGCCGUCACAGAGGCCUUACCCAAAGUGGAAAACCUAGUCAUUUCAGACAUUAACCCAUACGGCUUCAGGGUGACCUGGACGGUGGGUGACGACGGCCAGUCUGACCAGUUAGACCAGUUUCUCAUAGUGGUUGUAGAUUCGGGCAGGUUGCUGGACCCCCAGGACUUCACCGUGCUCGGAGAGCAGCGCUCCCUGGACAUCAGAGGCCUUAUCACAGGCAUAGGCUAUGAGGUUAAACUCUAUGGCAUAACCAAGGCAGGACGCCGCACAAAACCCUUAAGUGCAGUGGCUGUGACAGAAGCUGAGCCGGAAGUGGACAACCUUCUCGUCUCGGACGUGACCACAGAGAGCUUCCGUCUGUCCUGGGCGGCGGACGAAGACCUCUUCGAUAGUUUCGUUAUUAAAGUUAGGGAUUCCAAAAAACUGUCCGACCCACUGGAGCUGACGAUCCCAGGGCAGGAGCGCGCCGUAGAGGUUCCGGGUCUCUUAGGGGGUACAGAGUACGAAAUCGAGCUGUACGGGGUGGCCAGGGGACAGCGCUGGCAACCCAUUAGUGCCGUGGCUAGAACAGGUCUCGGAGCCCCAAGCGGUGUGCGGUUCUCUGACGUCACCGAGACCACCGUCACGGUUCACUGGAUCCUCCCCCCGGUGCGCGUCGACAGCUAUCGCAUCUCCUACAUACCUGCGGACGGAGGGACCCCGCAGACAGUGACUGUGGACGGAGCCAAGGCCAAGACCACCCUGGUGAACCUGACUCCAGGACAGACCUACGAGAUCAGCGUCACGUCGGUGAAAGGGUUCGAGGAGAGCGACCCGUCCUCUGGCACUGUGACCACAGGCCUCGAUAAACCCACUGGUCUAGUGGCAGUCAACGUCACUGAUACUGAGGCCCUGUUGCUGUGGCAACCAGCGAUCGCUACGGUUGAUGGCUACGUCGUUACAUACAGCGCAGACAACGUGCCCCCUGUGAUGGAGCGUGUUUCAGGGAACACAGUAGAGUUUGGUAUGAGCGCUCUGCGCCCCGCCACGCGCUACACUGUGAGGGUCUACGCAGUGAGCGGCUCCCAGCAGAGUGCAACCUCCACCACGGAGUUCACCACCGCCGUUGACGCCCCCAGAGACCUGAGUGCCAGUAACGUGCAGACAGAGAGCGCCGUGCUGACGUGGAAGGCACCGAGAGCCAGCAUCACCGGCUACAUCCUCAUCUUCACGUCUGCUGACGGGAAAGUCAAGGAAGUGGUCUUGGGACCCAGCACCACCUCCUAUAACCUGGCUCAGCUCAGCGCCUCCACUCAGUAUAGCGUGCAACUGCAGGCCCUCGCAGGCCCCGAGCGCAGCAAGAUCGUCAGGACACUGUUCACCACCAUUGGCCUCCUUUACAGACACCCUCGAGACUGCUCCCAGGCCCUGCUGAAUGGAGAGACCAGUUCGGGACUUUACACCAUCUAUCUGAAGGGGGAGGAGAGCCAGCCGGUGCAAGUGUACUGCGACAUGAACACAGACGGAGGAGGCUGGAUUGUGAUUGUCAGGCGUCAGAACGGCAAGCUGCAGUUCUACAGGAACUGGAAGAACUACACAGCAGGCUUUGGUGAUAUGAACGACGAGUUCUGGCUUGGUCUGGACACCCUGCACAAGAUCACCUCGUCGGGUCAGUAUGAGCUGCGGGUCGAUCUCCGAGACAGGGGCGAGAGCGCCUACGCGCAGUACGACAAGUUCACCAUUGGCGACCCGCGCAGCCGGUUCAAGAUCAACGUGGGAGGAUACAGCGGCACAGCCGGCGAUUCCAUGAGCUACCACCAGGGGCGCCCCUUCUCCACCUAUGACAAGGACAACGACAUCGCUGUCACUAAUUGCGCCCUGUCCUACAAGGGAGCCUUCUGGUACAAGAAUUGCCACCGAGUGAACCUGAUGGGCAGAUAUGGAGACGACAACCACAGUCAGGGUGUCAACUGGUUCCAUUGGAAGGGUCAUGAGCAUUCGAUCGAGUUUGCAGAGAUGAAAAUCCGACCGUCCAACUUCAGAAACUUCGAAGGAAGGAGGAAGAGGUCAUAAAGGAAGCACCGACACCCCCCCCCCUCCC